AUGCUGAGCUUCAUAAACUACAAUCUCUACUUUCUGGCAUGCCAGGUACUGGCUGCAUCUGCUAUGUUAACUCCAUGCACACUCAGAGAUGUAUGCUCAGAGCUGUACAUUUAUGCUGACAACUCUUUCUUCCUUAAUCUUGGCAAUGACAGGCCUAAUAUCUCCACAUCCGUCCAUCGUAUGAAAAAUGCAUCCGAUUUUGAUGCCUUGAAGCCACAUUUGAAUCUGAAUGUGACAGUCAAUGAGGAUCCAAAGACGAUCAUUUUUAUGAAUACUGUGAAAUUGGUACAGCAUAGUUGUCGCUAUAUUAAAGGCCUUGUGCGCAAAUGUAUUGAUUAUAUUUAUGCCCAUCGCUCCUCUAAGGAUAAGAGAAAGGUCAUGUGGAGAUUUCAUGCUGGAAAGAUCCAGAUUUUGAUUGCCACUGAGGCAGCAGGAAUAGGUGCUGAUAUCCCUGACAUCGAGGUGGCCAUCCAGUUUGGCAUACCUUCAUCAUUAUCUAUCUUCAAGCAGCACAUAGGUUGGGCUGGCUGUUGGUCUGACAUUCAAGCAUGGGCUAUCCUAUUAGUAGAGCAGAAGAUGUUCGAGUGA